AUGCUUUCAGAAAAACGUAUAAAAGUAAGGUAUUCAACAGACCCAAAUGGGAAUCUUUGGGCUGCCGAUCCCAACAAUUUUGGCAGAAAAAUGCUAGAAAAAUAUGGUUGGUCUCCUGGAAAGGGUUUAGGAAAAAACAGCAACGGUAUUAAAGCCCCUAUAAAGGCGUCCAUACAGAAAGGCACACGGGGGUUGGGUAUGAAGUCGGACUUUUGUUUGGGUAUCCGGCAGAUUAAUGAAUACGCAAGUCUUCUGCGUAAGCUUAACAACGCCCACAGUAGUUCUGACAAAACAAAUGCAAUCAGUGAAUGUUUACCAACGAGUUGGAGGAAGGGUAUGAAGACUUUAAGGUCAAAGGAUGCAUCUAAGUAUGAUCAGCAAGAUCUAUCCAUUGUUCUUGGACAUACUCAGUCAUUUUUGGAAGAAAAAAUAGCCUCGCCAAAUGCUCCUGCAAAGGAAUCUGGUUGUCAAAUUCCUAGUGUGAUAAGUCCAAUGUCUGUCUCCGAAUAUUUUGCUAAAGCAAAGAAACACAGACUCCAAAAUACCUUAGAUUUGGUUGAUGUCAAGUCAGCCAAGUCAAUUGAAAUUAUCGUCCCGGUUGAUCAACACGUUACAUCAAACUCUGUUUCAGUAAAGAUCAAUGAUAACGAAGGGUUCGAAUGUAGGAAAAUUGAAGAGAUAUCAAACCAUGAAGACGUCGAACUGAUCAUACCACCACUAGAUCCUGAUAAAAAAAUAAGGCGUGUCGAAACUGUAAAUGCAGGAGAAAGUAUGUAA